AUGAUCCAGGAGAUCCUCAUUUUCAACAACCAUGGCAAGCCACGGCUCUCCAAGUUCUCCCAGCCCUACAGUGAAGACACCCAGCAGCAGAUCAUCAGGGAGACCUUCCUCCUGGUAUCCAAGAGAGACGAGAACGUCUGCAAUUUCCUGGAAGGAGGCUUGUUAAUCGGAGGCUCUGACAACAAGCUGAUAUACAGACACUAUGCAACGCUGUAUUUUGUCUUCUGUGUGGAUUCCUCAGAAAGUGAACUUGGCAUUUUAGACCUCAUUCAGGUGUUUGUGGAGACAUUAGACAAAUAUUUUGAGAAUGUCUGUGAACUGGACUUAAUAUUCCAUGUAGACAAGGUUCACAAUAUUCUUGCAGAAAUGGUGAUGGGAGGAAUGGUGUUGGAGACCAACAUGAAUGAGAUUGUCACGCAGGCUGAUGCACAGAAUAAACCAGGUAAGUCUGAGGCUGGCUUGGCAGGUGCUCCAGCCUGUGCUGUAUCAGCUGCAAAGAAUAUGAAUCUUCCUGAGAUCCCACGAAAUAUUAACACUGGUGACAUCAGUAUAAAAAGUGCCAAACCUGCCCUCUUUUAAAUAAAAUAUUAAAAAGACCACUCCCAGGUAAAAGCCCAGGGGAAAAAAAAAUCAUCUAAAUUUACCACGCAGUUGUUUACCAAAAACAGAGGAGGCAAGUCUUAACUUUUGCUCUUGGAUUUAAGUCAAGGAACUGUACAGAAGUUGUGUAAAAUCAGUAUGGAAGCUCACUGUUGCUUUUCUUGCUCAGUGAUUUGAAAGAAAUUGAACAGUAUAGUGUGUGUGUGUGUGUGUUUGCUUUCUUUAGAAAAAACUGCACUCCUAUGCCCACCUAAGGCAUGCCCGUAUGUAUUGGCUAUUACAGUGUUUCCAAAAGUGAAAUACUACUUUAAUUAUAUACAACCCAGAAUGCUGGUGUUUUGUAUGGAUCACAGGUAGAGCAUUCUCUAAUUCUUUCUACCGUUUGUCACAAUUAUUAUUUAAAGAACCAAGUAUGUAUUCCAUGAAAAUAUGAUGACCUUUUC